AUGCUGAUUGUUACCGCGCUGAUCCUAUGGUCAGCUGCGAGCGUGGCCUCCGCGAUGCCUGUGCAUGUCAUCCAUAGCGCACACGAGUCUACUACAUGGAAUGUGACGAACACUCCCCUCUCGGGCUCAAGCGUGAGCAUGAAUUCAAAUUACUAUACCUACAGCUCCGAGGAGAGAGGUGGACCACCGGCGGAUAUCGUAACCAUACUAAAGAAUUUCCACGCAUCCAUCAUACCGUCUGCUACGAGCGAAAUUCCUCAGUUCGAAGCCAUGAGUGAGGAAUUUACGCGUCUAACCCAAAGUGGCGAAACAACUUCAUUUGUACCCGACUGGAAAAAAUUUGUCAAGUCACAAUACCCAAGUCACCCGAAAAUUGCAGAAAAGGUAAUAUUCUUGACAUUGGCAUAUUAUUUUACGGGUGAUGUUCUCCGUCAUUUCCUAGUUGCGGGAACAAAGGUUGACACAACGAAGUACAUUGCUCUCGAACUACUUAACCUCGUGAUCAAUAAGUGGAAAAACAACGGGCAAAGUGAAGCAGAGGUAUUUAAGCUUUUGGAGCUUCAGCAGCCGAAUGGCAAUCUUUUCGAAGGUCCAAUCUUUGGUAAGUGA